UAACAGGUUUAACAGAGUAGGCUGUCAAAUUUGAGCCCAGUCAUCGUUUUUGUGUUUGCCUUUGUCGUGAUUUUCUCUCAUUUUUGAGACUCUUUGGGGCACAUCAUGGCAGUCCGGGUGAUAAAUGACGAGAUCCACUUCCAGGCUGAAUUGUCAGCUGCUGGAAUAAAGCUUGUUGUAGUGGAUUUUACUGCUACUUGGUGUGGUCCGUGUCAGAGAAUUGCUCCCCUCUUUGAGCAGCUUCCGGGAAAGUAUCCCAAGGCUGUGUUCCUGAAAGUGGAUGUAGACAAAUGUUCAGAAACGGCAGCUGCACAGGGAGUGUCUUCAAUGCCAACUUUUAUUUUCUAUCGGAAUCGCCAGAAGAUUGACCGUUUGCAGGGAGCUGAUAUUCAAGGGCUGGAGAAUAAGAUCCGCCAGCAUAUUGGGUCAACUGAAGAUGACAGUGGGGAAGAUUAUGGGCAGGGUUUGAUGGAGUUGAAUUCAUUCAUCUCGAAGAAUGAAUGUGAGUGUCUCAAUGAGGCUGAUAAUCAUCCUUUGGGUCAUUGUCUGACUCCAGCCGGGGGCUUCCUGCAGUCGGACGUCGAUGAGCAGUUGAUUGUCUCGAUUGCCUUCAAUCAACCUGUGAAACUCCAUUCGCUGAAAAUCAAAGCUCCCACAGCUUUGGGCCCUAAGAACAUUAAGCUGUUCAUUAAUCAACCACGCACCAUGGACUUUGACAUGGCUGAGAGUUGCUCUUCAAUACAGGAUCUCCAGCUCACGGAAAAAGAUCUCGAUGGCACUCCCAUUGCUUUGCGAUUUGUCAAAUUCCAGAAUGUCCAGAACAUUCAGCUCUUUGUUAAGGACAAUCAAAGUGGAGAUGAUAAGACUCAGAUUGAUCAUCUAGGAUUCAUUGGAAUGCCCAUCUCAACCACCAAAAUGGAGGACUUUAAGCGAGUGAUUGGAAAGAAAGGCGAGAGCCACUGAAAUGUGUCCCAGUCAAUAAAAUUCAUACUUAUAUUGAAUUCCGGGAA